UAGGCUGCUGGGGGAUGUUUUAGGAUACACUGAGCACCUCUCUUCUCUUCUCUCUAUAUAUCGCUCGGACUCGAUUUGCUGUAGUUUGUCCCUCCGCGCUUUCCGUCCCGCCAGUUGACAGCUGGGAGCAGAGUGCAAACUCAAUGUUUUGAUCUCGCAGAUUAAACUCUGGUUUUUUUCCUCGUCAUAAUGCACAGAUUAAAAAUAAUUUCGGGCCACUUGUCGUCCUCCGGGUCCCCGAGUUACACGCGGGAUUUACGGAGGACGGAGUGCGGAUCAGCGGGGAGCAGCAGCCCGGAGGACGUGGUGGUGGUUCACGGACGGAGGACGGCCAUCGGGAAAGCGAAGAGAGGAGCGUUCAAGGACACGACGCCUGACGAGCUGCUGAGUGCAGUGAUGACCGCUGUGCUCUCCGAUGUUGGACUUUCACCCGACAAGCUGGGAGACGUUUGUGUCGGUAACGUGCUGCAGCCCGGAGCCGGUGCUCUGAUGGCCAGGGUGGCUCACUUCCUCAGCGGGUUUCCGGAAACAGUGCCGUGCUACACCGUCAACCGACAGUGCUCCUCCGGGCUGCAGGCUCUGUUCAACGUCGCAGGAGCCAUCAGGAGCGGAUCCAUUGACCUGGGCCUCGCCUGUGGUGUGGAGAGCAUGUCUCUGCGUGCGAUAGGAAAUCCAGGAGAUUUGAGCUCCAGGCUGACGGACAUCGACAAAGCCAGAGACUGCAUCAUCCCCAUGGGCAUCACCUCAGAGAACAUCGCAGAGAGAUUCGGGAUCUCCAGAGAAAAGCAGGACGCCUUCGCCGUCAGCUCGCAGCAAAAAGCGGCCCGGGCCCAGACCUCGGGUCUGUUCGAGCAGGAGAUCGUUCCCGUCACCACGCGGGUCGAGGACGCCGAGGGCAAAGAGCGCGUGGUGACGGUCUCCCAGGACGAGGGGAUCCGAGCCGGGACCACUCUGGAGGGACUGAACAAGCUGAGGCCGGCCUUCAAACCGGACGGCACCACCACGGCAGGUAACUCCAGCCAGGUGAGCGACGGCUGGCAGCGGCCGUGCUGAUUGGACGCCGGGCUUGCGGUCGAGGCUCUGGGUCUGCCGGUCCUCGGGGUCCUGAGGGCCAGUGCGGUGGUGGGGGUCCCCCCAGACCUGAUGGGGAUCGGACCGGCGGUCGCCAUCCCUGCAGCUCUGCAGCAAGCGGGACUAACGGUGGCCGAUAUCGACGUGUUUGAAAUCAACGAGGCCUUCGCCAGUCAGGCGGUGUACUGCGUGGAGAAGCUGGGGAUCCCGCUGGAGAAGGUGAACCCGAACGGGGGCGCCAUCGCCCUGGGUCACCCUCUGGGCUGCACCGGGGCCCGGCAGGUGGUGACGCUGCUCAACGAGCUCCGGCGCCGGGGAAAGAGGGCGUACGGCGUCGUGUCCAUGUGCAUCGGCACCGGGAUGGGAGCCGCUGCUGUGUUCGAGUACCCCGGACCGUAGGAGCCACGUCGAGACCGCCCUGCGAUCUAAUCGGCCUCCUUUAAGUGGGCGGAGUUACAUCGCCACACUGGCGACCAAUCACAACGGCUUCUGACGCUUUUAAAUGUUGUUUGCGGGCGACUUACAAAAAGCAGAAUCAGGACUUUCUUUGCCUUUUGUCUACAUUUUCAUAUUUCGCUGCGUUUUUGAGACGUUUUUUUUUUGGGCAUCGACCAGGCGCCAGAUUCAAAUUUAAAUAAGCAAACUUAGAGUCAAAAGUCCAAAAAGCUGAGACUAUUUUUUAGAUUAAUAAGCUCCGCCGUGUGAACGGAGCUUCAGAGAGAUGAAACUAAUGAUGCCGUUAAUACUUGUUUCAAACACCCGAUGAAGUGCCUUUUGAUUCCAUGUUGAUGAUACUUAACACUGCGUUUCUUUAAUCAUUUUUAAGCAGACGGCAUAUGGAAAAUAAUUCGCAUGGCUUGAAUAAACACAGUUUGAUAUUUAGCUGCAAAAAAAUCAGGAAUUAGUGUGUGAAGAUACUGAGUUUGAUGUCAAAUCUAAAAAGGACCAAUCUAAAAGAAACUGUAAUUGUGUGUGUGUGAAAAUAUUAAAUGUGAAACCUGAAUGUGGAUUAAAUAUUUGACACAUUUGAUAACAGCAGAAAUGUGAACUUUAUCAGCCUAAUUUAGUGAGCACACGUUUGACCUGUCGAGCUCCUCGAGGCUCAACCUUCAGUCAUCGUCCACGGUUACGUUUAAAUAACCGUGUUGUAAAAAAAAAAAAUGCACUGUGAACAAUUUUUCUGUGUGUGAAAAUUAAAACAUUUCAUACAUGA